CCAACACUUCAUUCAUUUAACUUUUCAAUUUCAUCACUCAAAAUAAUAAUAAAAAAAAUUAAAUAUGUUGGCGAUGAGAAGAACAUCUAUCAUUGUUCUCAGGUCACGAUUGUUUUCAGCAGUCACCUUGCGUGCUUCCCGUGUCAAACACCAAGUAUCAGAUCCUAGUCAUGUGGAGAAAAGUAGAUCCAUUGAGCCUUCUUGUGGUCCAUGGUUGUCAAAUAGAUACUAUUCUAGUACAAGUUUUCAGGCAACUUCAAAGUAUGGCUUCUCAUCAGUAGCUGGCACAAAAAGCAGCGAUGAGGAAGAUGAUGACUUAGAGGAUGGAUUUUCUGAGUUGGAAGCUUCUAGUACUGAUGUGACUGAAAAAAAGAUUGAUGAAGCAGAAAAUGAUGAUGAGUUGAUCUCUGAACGCGAGGCUUCUGAGGAGGAGGACAAUGAUAUCGCACCUGAAAAACCCCAGCGGCCAAGACGAGUUUUCUCACAAUUCUUUAAGGCUAUCAAUGAUUCACCAAAUGUUCCUGUUCGCAACACACUUGACAAGUGGCUUGAAAAAGAAGAAAGUGUUAGCAGAGCAGACGUAUCUUCGGCUAUAUUUGAAUUGAGGAGGCGUAGAAUGUUAGACAAAGCUUUGCAGCUAUCAGAGUGGUUGGAGUCAACAAAGCUGUUAGAGUUUAACGAAAAAGAUUAUGCUGGUCAUGUAGAUUUGUUAGCCAAAGUACGUGGUCUACAAGCCGCAGAAUAUUACAUUGAAAAAGUCCCUGAGUCAUUUAAAAACGAGGUGAUAUACCGGACUCUCUUAGCCAACUGUGUUCAAACCACGAAUAUAGCAAAGUCUGAGGCGGUAUUUAACAAAAUGAAGGAAUUGAAAUUCCCGAUAACGGCAUUUACGUGCAACCAAUUGCUCAUGUUAUAUAAAAUAACCAAUAAGAAAAAGAUUGCUGAUGUGUUAAUGUUAAUGGAGAAAGAAAAUGUGCAGCCGACACAUUUUACUUACAGAUUGCUAAUAGACGUUAAAGGCCAGAGUAAUGAUAUGGAGGGGAUGGAGCAAAUUGUUGAAACCAUGAAGGCAGAGGACAUGGAGCUGGAUUCCAGGACACGGGUGGUUUUGGCUAAGCACUAUAUAUACGGAGGUCUCAAAGAAAAGGCAAAAGUGGUUCUACAGGAAAUGGAAGGGGCUGGUCUUAAAGAAAACAGAUGGGCUUGUUCAAUUUUGCUUCCACUUUAUGCGGAACUUGGAAGUGUUGAUGAUGUCGAUCGAGUCUGGGAGGUAUGCAAGUCGACUCCCAAGCUCGAAGAGUGUACGAAUGCUAUUGAUGCUUAUGGAAAGCUAAAGAAAAUAGAGGAAGCAGAGGCUGUGUUUGACCUGAUGUCUGAGAGAUUUAAACGAAUGUCAUCGAAGCAUUAUGCUGCAAUGCUAAAAGUUUAUGCAAAUAAUAAAAUGUUAACAAAGGGAAAGAAUCUUGUGAAACAGAUGGGGGAAAGUGGUUGCCAAAUUGGGCCUUUGACGUGGGACGCUUUGGUUAAACUAUAUGUUGAAGCAGGGGAGAUUGAGAAAGCAGACUCGAUUUUGCGUCGGGCUUCAGAGCAAAACCGGGUAAAACCACUUUUCAAUACUUAUAUGCUGAUUUUGGAUCAGUAUGCAAAGAAGGGGGACAUACAUAAUGCUGAAAAGAUGUUUCAUAGGAUGAGACAAGACGGUUAUGUCGCCAGGCUGAGACAAUAUCAUGCUCUUUUACAAACGUAUAUAAACGCUAAGGCUCCUGCAUACGGGUUUAGAGAGCGUUUGAAAGCCGAUAAUGUAUUCCCGAAUAAGGCAAUGUUGGGACAGUUGGCUCAACUAGAUGCUUUUAAGAGGACUGCAAUGACGGAUUUACUGGAUUGAGUAAGAUUAGCAGUUCGAACAACGUUUUAGUAUAUUACCUGCUGGUAGAGUUGGAAUAACAGUUGUCUUGGUGCUUUUACUGUCCUUGGAUUGUUAUUUUGUCUUGACAUUUUAUGAUGGAAGUUAGAGGUUUAUUGCCAGCAUUAGUUUAUUAUAUCAUGUAUGCUAGUGGAGGAUGGUUGAUUGUCUUGGUGCUUUUGUCAUCAAAAUUUUAAUCUUCGUCAUUUUAAUGAUGCUGGCUUUUAGUAGAUACUGUAAUAAAUUGAUGCUUCAUUUUC